GUGUAGGAGCUAGAGCAGCAGAGGUUGUUAUUUCUAACACUCAAGCACAGCAAAGCUUGCUCGUAUUCUGCAUUGGAUCAGCUAAAGGAAGGAAGAAAGCAGUUAAUUUUCAGACAGAGUAGCACUUGUUUAUGGAAAAUGGAGGCAGUCCUCUACUUGUUUUUGCUUCUUCUUCUGACUGGACAAGGUUUUUCUCAGUGUUUCACUAACACAAACUGUACUGGAGGACUGGUAGUGGCAGCAGAUCAACGAGCCUGUUGUGUGGGAACAGAUGAUGGGCUUUCUUUCAAUGAUGGCACCACCUGUACUCUCUGUGUAGUGCAUGGGUUCGGGCAGAGUAAGUAUGAUGUGGAAGAGGGCAGGAUACUGGACACCAGCUUUCAACUCAAUAUUAAGGGAACAACACAGUUUGGUGGUGCUCUUGUUGUCCCUGGUCUCAUUACAGCUGCAGCAGAUGGCACUGCAAGCACCUCAGACUUUGAAAGGCUGUCACCAAUCAGACUAACAAACAGUGCAGACAUUCGUCUGUUCACUUCCAAUGAUGAAAUCACUCUGGAGUAUAAAUGACAGAGUGCUACUGAGGUUCACUCCUGACGAUUCUAGUCUUAUUCCUGGUCUGGAGGCUAAUAGAGAGUAUAUCAGAGACACUGCAACAGUCAAUAUCAUUGAUAAUGAUUUGUUGGAGAUUACUUUCUUAGAACCUGACUAUUCUUUUGAUGAGGGUUCGACAAUGCUGAAUACACAAAUUACACUUCAGUUCCGGCCAAAUCAAAACCCAUUUAUUAUAACACUCAGCCCUGUUACUGUGGACACAGCUGAGUCUAUGGGUUUGGGAUUUUUCAUUAUUUCUGCCAGUAUUCCACCGG